AUGGGAAGGCUCGGAGCGAAACUCGUGUUGGGCCUGUUGUCGGCUUUACACCCAGCAUUCGGCGUGGAUAUUGGCAUUUAUUAUGAAAGCAGGUGCCCAGCGAGCCAGCUGUUCAUUACUGAGCAACUGCAGGAUGCAGCGCAGCAUGCGAAGGAGCUGCAACUUGCCAAGGUAGCCAUACACCCAGUCCCCUACGGCAACACGAAGGAGAGACUGACAGAAACAGGGCAUUACCAAUACGAAUGUCAGCACGGACCUGAGGAAUGCUACUUAAACAGAGUGGAGGCCUGCGGUCUGGCGCUUAUGAAGGAGGCUGAAAUCGACGUGUGGGCCCCGUGGCUCGACUGCGUAAACAAGAGUCAGCUGGAUGCGGCUAGCCUGAUCAAGGCUGAGGCGCACAUUACUAAGGCUAUCGCAGCCAGCCAGCUGGCCAUUGCUGAGGCACGUCGAGCUCUUGCUGCAGCAAAAGCAGCAGCUGAGGCGGAGAGGCACGGCGACGUGGGGCCUGCAGCCAGAGAAGCUGCAGCUGCGGCAAUGGCAGCAGCAAAGGCAGCCAACGACGCUGCAGUGUCCUCUGCAGAAGUAACUGCUGCGGCUGCAGCAGCGGCAACAGGGGGCCGCAAUUCUUGGGUCAUGUGUAAAGUUGACCUUCCAAGUACACGCGCAAAUAUGCUAAUCUUUGAAAUUCUUGUCUGCAGCCUGUCCCCAGCAGGAGAAAGGUUGCAACACCUCAUGGCCGAGCAAACUCCUGAGCACGACCGCGUGCCCUGGAUAACAGUGGACCGACAGCACUCGGCAGUGGGAGAGAAGGACCUCCGCUGCGCCAUAUGCACAUCCUCAGCUGGCAAGGAGGAGAGCCUGAAAGCUUACUGUGCGGGGAAAGAGGGCUGCGACAAACAGCGGAAACAGCAGUCACAGCAGCAGCAGCACGUGCAGGGGCAACAGAAGGCGGAGGAAGUACAACAGAGGGGAGCAGGAAGUUUGGUGGUGACUGACAUGUACCGGAUUUUCGCUCAAGAUGAAGUUUAG